AUGCAGUCCGAAGAUGGACUAUUGUCUGAUCCCCAGCUCGGUGGCGCCGCUUUUCACACUGCCGGGCUGCAGGACGCAACUAAACCAACGCCAACUGCCAGCCCAGUUCCAAGUGUGAGAGAGUCCCGCGGCCCAGGGCCCUACACGGUGCGGCUAAUGGACCGGGACCCAUGCACUCGCAGAUGCGCAACACGGUUGAUGGGAUCUGGUCUGGAAUUAGAAACCUUGCAGAUGUCACAGAUGAAAAGGUCGCGAGAGUCGAGGCUGUCGAGCAGGGACUUGGAGACCGGCAACCUUCCCGAGUUGCUCCUGGCUCCUGCUCUCCUGGAAAUUAGAACUGCUGGCAGGUGGCCCUCUGGCUGGGCAGUUGCCCCGCUGUUCCGUACCGGCCGAAACAGCACGUGA